AUGGUUUCAAGUUCGUCAUCAUCUAGGAGUUCCAGCUCCUCGAGUGUUUCGUCAUCUUCCUCUGAUGGUACAUCAUCAUCUUCUUCAUCUGGCAGAGAUGCUAAGAGAAAAAUUAAGAAAGGUAAACUUAUGAGAAAUUCUAGUUCUUCAUCAGAUGGUGAGGCACCAUCUAAGAAGAAAUUACUUAAAUCUGAUACAAUAAAAAGAGAAAAAAGUGAAUCUAAGAAACCUACUCCGAAAAAAGACGAAAGAGUUUUAAAGAAAAACGAUGUUAAUAAAAAGAAACCUCUCACAAAAGUAGCACUUGGCAAAAAAUCCCUUUCACCAGGAAAAAAAUCAGGUGGUACGCCACCAAUUACAUCCAAAAGUCUAGUCUCUAAAAGUGUUACAAAACAUACAAAAUCACCUCAAAGAAGGGAAAGAAACAAAACUGCUUCGCCUCAUUCAACUAGGGAACGAGAUAAAGAUAGGGAACGAAAUAAAGAAAAAGAAAGAGAUAAAGAUAGAGAAAAGGAGCGUGAAAAAGAAAGAGAACGAACUAGAGGAAGAAGUAGAUCCCCUAAAAAGGUUAGAUCUCGAUCGCCUCGUCGGCAUGGUUCUCAUCCAAAAGAUCCUAGGAGAAAAGAUAGCUCUGAAAGAAGUAGACCUGUAUCGCCAAAAAAACAGAUAAGGAGGGAUGGAAGUACUGAAAGGCAUAGAAAAAGGUCUUUGAGUAGAGAAAGAGAAAGAACCCGUGAUCAUAAGGACAGAUCGUUAGAAAGAAGAAAAGAUAAACAUGAUGAAAAAGAUAGACACGAUCGAAAGGAUAGAGGACGAGACAGAAAUAAAGACAUUAAACGAGAUGAUAAUAAACGAAGGGGUCGUGAUAGAGGCUUAGGCGGCAGGGGUGGCUCUGAUAAGGGUUUGGAGAAGCCAAAUAAACCUAUGGAGAGGCUUUUACCUAGACCUGAAGAACGUUUGGCUGCGCUUGCAGCAAUUUCCAAUAGGACAUUAGAAAGUGACAAAAAUUCUACAACUUCUAAGGAUCGGCAAGAUACUCAUUCUGAUAGAGGUGGCAGGAAACAGGACAGGCUCGAAAGAGAUCGUUCUACUAAAAGGGAUAGAUUGGAUAGUCUUGAAAGGGAACCUGUUGAAUAUGACAUAGGGAUUGAACGACAAUACGAUCACGGCCAUAAUAUGGAACAUUACGAUAGAAUAGACGACCGUUUUGACGGUGUUCCUAGAGAAGAUGAAAGGUCCCCUGGUUAUAUACAAGGUAGAGAAAGACACUAUGAUCCUGGGUAUGAUAUGUCUGGACCCCCUCGGGGUUAUCCGGAGGAUGAAGAUAGAAUGUACGGUGAACCUAUGGCUGACCACCGAGUCGACAUAGGCUAUGAUGAUCGUCGGCCACAUCGUGAUCACUCUUGGGAAGGGCGAUCAGGUUCCAUAGAUCGCGAACGGGGAUAUAUACAUCCUCAUAAGGAUUGGGAUACUGAAGAUUAUCGUGGGCCAGGAGAUUGGGUUAGGGAGAGGCAUUGGCCUCUACAUGAUCCCCAGAUGCCUGAUUGGGGCGAUAAAGAUGCCGAUAUGGAGAGUUGGCACCAUCGCGGCCAUCCCUCUGGCCCUCUUCGAGGCCGUGUGCAUGAUGAUUAUAACCGUGGGAUGCGAAUGGAUCUUGGCAGAAACGAUGUCAGUAAACGCCGCGGUCCUAGAAAUGAACCUGAAACCGUAGUUAAAGAAACUCCACCACCAGUACAGCCAGCACCUGCAGCUCCGCCUCCAGAAGAAGUAGAUGUUGAAGAGAAGGCUGUGCCAGAUGAUUUAAGUGAAAUAAGUGAUGAUCCAGAUGAUAUUUUAGAAAGGGAAGAUAUGAUAGAUCAAAAUAUGGAUGAAGACAGUCGAGUAGAACCACUGAAUGACGAAGUUACUUCCAAACCAGAUGGCUCUGAAAAGGAAUCUACACAGGACACUAGCGGCGCUGGUGAAGAAAAGGAAUCACAUGAAGGUAAAGAUGACGAAGAUGUGGCCAACUUAGAUUUCGAAGAGAUAUCAGAUGGAGAGCUUGAAGAAGAGAGAACAAGAGCUGGACUAGGGGACGCAUUAGGCGUGGACUGGGCAAGUUUGGUUGCUGAUGCGCGGCGUCGAGAACAAGUUCCUUCUACUGGUGGUGCACGUGACCGUUGGCGACCAGAAAGAGUUUUAGCUCGCCUAGGGUUGUCUUUACAAAUGGCUGGCAAGGACACAGUUCAGAACAUAUUAAAUAAAAAUGCCGAGACUCCUCAAAAAGAGGAUGAUAAAAUUGCAUCAAAUGUUGAGAAAGAUAAAACUAUAAAUCAGAAUGGCGAAUGUGAAAAAACUGAAAAACAAAUUGUUUUGCCUGACGUUAAUUCUUUACACCCAGUUGCUUCAAUACAGGUUGCCAUGGAAAAAAGGAAGCGACAGCGAGCUGUUCUAUUUGGAUCUGGUUGUGAAAUAACGCGAGGAUUAAGCGCAAGACGUGAUUUAGCUUUACGAAGAUACUUAUGUCAUCUACCUAUAGCAGAACGUACUGGGCAGUCUCGUGUUGCGCCACAACCUUCACUGUUCCAUGCUGCACAAGCUUUAUUGAUGCGAGAACCUGUAAUUGGC